UCACUUUGUUCGGGUGUCUAGUAGCCAACAUAACGGUGGUAAGCGCCGAACCUCUCACAGGUGUUGGCUGUCGGAGCCUAUUUUCUACGGAAAGCGUUUUUUUUUGUUGCUCCACUUUGAGGGAAAAUUUCAUCCAUGUCCAGUGGUGUGCGGAUCUCUCAAAUUCGCUCUCACGUGUGCUCGUUUCGCUUGGAGUUGGGCUGUCCACGGUAUUUCUCUGCACCGGAUCGUGACUCAGUAACACACCAGUUGCCCGUGGCCAAACUGUGGAGGAUUUGAAACGGUGUAGCAUUCAUUGAACUUUUCGAGCAGCAAUCCGCAACAUCAUUCCAGAAGGGAGUAUUGCAAGGCAUUAACGCUGUGUUUCCGUUGUCGGAAAAGGAAUAGACAACGGAUUGUAGCUUAAGUGAAUCACUAGAUUUAACACGUGUAUUCCGAUGACCCCAAAGAGGAUAAGUGUAUACUGCGCGUGAUCCCGUUGAAAGAUGUAAAUUAUUGUUGCAAUCGACACGUUGAAAGAGAAAAAACCCAAUCGGAGUGUGCUGUGAAUCGGUGAUGGUAUUUUUUCUGAUUAUCAAAAAAAAAUGUGAUGUUUGUUCGGUUUGAAAUAGAAAAAUCUAUUGUUCUAUAGUUCGUAUUUUCCGCCAAUCAAGCGCUUAUCAAAUUCAAGUGUACAUAAAAUUCUUUAGUUUAUCUUGCCGCUUGGAAAGACUUCGGGUUUGUGUGUUUUCAUAGCGCUGUUAUCAGUAAAGUAUUGGUGAAAGAUAAAAAUACAGGCUCGCAAUUAACGUCUUGUUUGUUUUCACCGUUGUGCUGGAGAAAGAAAGCUUCAAUUCACAAAAGUCACUGCUGUGCGCUGUCCAGUUGAUGAUGAGGUGUUCGAUAUUAUUAUCUGGUUGAAUUUAACUUCGAGUGCAAAUGAAUUAAAAUUAAAGAAAAGAGUGUUACUAAGAGGAAAUAUAGAUCCAGUUAUUUUGAAUCUCCCGCAAGCUAAUUCAAGCUACCUCCGAUCUCAAUCGGUUCAAUUCCUUCCUGACAUCUAGGCACGUAUAGCGGUCGAGUCAAAUGCCUUUGUUCAACAAGAAGAGUGCAAAAAUCUCCAACCCAGCCCCUCCUUUAACCAAAGACCCAAACCAUCCUAAUCCACACCAUUUGGGUCAUCAUCAUCACUACGAGAACAACAACAGCCACACCAACGGGAAGAUCACAGCGGCCACAAUGCCUACGGCACCACAAAUUGACGAUCUGAAUGGCAGUAACGAGAAUAGCGUGACCAAGCCACAGCUCGUGUUCAAUUGUCAGCUAGCCCACGGUAGUCCGACCGGAUUCAUCACGGGUUUCGCCAGCGUCAAGGAACUGUACCAGAAGAUUGCCGAAUGUUACGACAUUUCGAUGGAUGAGAUUAUUUUCUGCACCCUUAACUCGCAUAAGGUUGACAUGAGCAACCUGUUGGGUGGUCAAAUCGGGUUAAACGAUUUCAUCUUCGCACACAGAAAAGGCCGACCGAAGGAGGUGGAAAUCGUGAAGUCGGAAGAUGCUCUUGGACUCACCAUUACCGAUAACGGUGCCGGAUAUGCUUUCAUCAAACGAAUCAAAACCGGAAGUGUCAUUGAUCGAAUUCAACACAUACAGGUUGGUGAUCACAUCGAGAAGUUGGACGGUUGCAACGUAGUCGGCAAGCGACACUACGAAGUUGCUCGCAUGCUCAAGGAUAUUCCGACUGGUGCAACGUUCACGAUUCGGCUUAUUGAACCGAUGAAGAGUGGCUUCCAAGGUAUCGCACCACGCAAGGGUGCCGCCAAACAGUCGAAGCAAGGUUACGGCAGUGGCAAGGAAACGCUUAGGUUUAAGGCCAACGGUAAUGCAACCAUUGAAGACGAGCACGACGACGCUACUCAGUGUGGAAUAGAUGCCAUCAACACUUUACUAGAUUCGUUUAUGGGAAUCAACGAUACAGAACUAGCUACUCAAAUCUGGGACUUAGGAAGCAAUAAGAUCAACUCCAUGGAUUUUGCCGAAGCGAUCGAUGCAUCUGAUCUGGAAGCGUUUGGUUUUACCGACGACUUCAUCAUUGAAUUGUGGGGCGCUAUCACGGACGCACGGCAGGGACGUCACAGAAGAUGAAUCGAGUAUCGUUAUAAAAUCUUCCGUACGAAACCACAGACGCAAGAAUAGCUAUAGCAAUCCGGGAAACACUUGCGGUUCUGCUCAUGAUUCAAACAACUUUAUUUAUCAUUAUAUACCUAUUCUUAUCCUAAAACUCGCAAGUGUUUCCAUUGCGAUAACAGCAUUUAUAUUGAACGAAGAACAACAAAAACAGCUGUGUUUGAUACUAUUCGAGGCAAACAGAAUUUCAAGGUGAAACAAUACUUAUGAUUGAUAGUUUUUAGACGAGAAGCAAGAGGGGGAGAAAUCAAGAGAGUAUAUUUGCAGAAGUGAUAUAAACAAUUUUAAAUAUUUAAAUCUUAUUUCAAUCAAAAUCGUGUUUAGAGAGAACGAAAUCGAACAAUGUUACGCAUCAGAAGUCAAAUGAGUCAAAUGAAAGUAAAUUAACGAAAUGAUUUUAGUACGCUACAGACGCAUUAUCAAAUAUACAAAUACUUCCGCGAACAGAAUAGUAUGAAGUAUAAAAUUGAUAAAAAUAA